GUCCUCUUUUUUCUCCUUACAGUAGGAAAGUGAAGUAGGAACCUCUAGUGGUAGUUGCAUUCUCAACCAAUUCAAGGUCAAUAUGCAGAACGGUGGAAAGCUUCAGUACAAAGUUGCUGAUAUCAGCCUGGCUGAUUGGGGUCGUAAAGAAAUCAUCAUGGCUGAGAAUGAAAUGCCUGGUUUGAUGGAAAUGAGGAAGCAGUAUGGUCCCACAAAGCCUCUUACUGGCGCUAAAAUUGCAGGCUGUCUGCACAUGACAAUCCAAACUGCUGUUCUCAUUGAAACAUUGACUGAAUUGGGAGCUGAGGUUCAGUGGUCUUCUUGUAACAUCUUCUCCACCCAAGACCAUGCUGCCGCAGCUAUUGCCAAGACAGGUGUCCCAGUCUAUGCCUGGAAGGGAGAGACCGACGAAGAGUAUGUCUGGUGUAUUGAGCAAACCCUUGUCUUCCCUGAUGGAGAACCACUGAAUAUGAUCCUUGAUGAUGGUGGUGACCUCACCAACCUUGUUCAUGACAAAUACCCACAGUUCUUGCCAAAUAUCAAGGGACUUUCAGAAGAGACCACAACUGGUGUACAUAACUUGUACAAAAUGCUCGAGCAAGGCAAACUGAAGGUACCAGCCAUCAAUGUCAAUGACUCCGUUACCAAGAGCAAAUUUGACAACCUUUAUGGAAUCCGUGAGUCUCUUGUUGAUGGUCUGAAGAGAGCAACAGACAUCAUGCUUGCUGGCAAAGUCUGUGUUGUGGCUGGAUAUGGGGAUGUCGGCAAAGGAUCAGUACAGUCUCUCAGAGGUUUUGGCGCUCGUGUUCUGGUUACAGAAAUUGAUCCCAUCAAUGCCCUUCAAGCUGCCAUGGAAGGAUACGAAGUUGUUACCAUGGAAGAAGCUGCCUCCCAGGGACAGAUCUUUGUCACAUCCACAGGAUGUAGUGGCAUCAUCACUUCAGAACACUUCCUUAAGAUGAGGGAUGACUCCAUCAUUUGCAAUGUCGGCCAUUUUGAUUGUGAAAUUGAUGUCGCAUGGCUCAAUGAAAACUGUAAGAAGGACAACAUCAAACCACAGGUUGACCGGUACACCCUCCCCAAUGGUCGUCAUGUCAUCUUGCUUGCUGACGGCCGUCUGGUAAAUCUUGGCUGUGCCAUGGGACAUCCAUCAUUCGUCAUGAGCAACUCUUUCACAAAUCAGGUCAUGGCUCAGAUUGAACUUUGGGAAAAGACAAGUGAAUACAAAAUUGGUGUUUACAUGUUGCCCAAGAAGCUUGAUGAAGAAGUAGCCAGGUUGCAUUUAGACCAUCUUGGAGUUAAGAUGACCAAGCUUAGUGACAAACAAGCUAAAUACUUGGGGAUACCCUCUGAAGGACCUUACAAACCAUCUCAUUACCGCUAUUAAUUACCUUGUUGAGGAUUGGACUAGACUUUAUUAGACUUUCUACAACAAAUUAAUUUCCUUACAUGUGUCCGUGGAGAUAGGCAUUCCUUUAUGUUGUAAGUUCUGGUGUUAGUCUGUGCUAUUUAUUAUCAUUGUGUUGGUUAAAUAAACAAAUAUGCCUGUGAAUUGAGAA